CAGAAGAAAAUAAGUGAAUAUUACAUAACACUAAGCAUAUAUGUUAAAAGCAACCCAAUCUACCUAUUCCUGUUACUAAGAUAUAUACGUUUGUGUGUCUGUGUGGUGUAAGGACUAGAACGUAGGACCUUGUGCAAGCUAGGCAAAUGUUUGUUACAUUCCUAGCCCAUACACACUUAUUUGUAAUGGAGAACCAAGAGGGAAACUCAUUACUAAAAAAGUAAAUAUAUUAACAUAAUAAUUUAAGAAGAAUUCUGAGAGUAUUCUUUUAUUACUGUAAAAAGAACAGAGGGGCUGGAGAGAUGGCUCAGUAGUUGGGAGCACUGACUGCUCUUCCAGAGGACCAGGGUUCAAUUUCCAGCACCUAAUAACACCCAAAUAGCAGCUAACAGCUGCUGUAACUCCAAGAUCUGACACCCUCACACAGACAUACACCAAUGCAGGCAAAACACCAAUGCAAAUAAAGUGAAAAUAAAUAAAUUUUAAGAAAAAAAAAACAAUAAAAAACAAGCAACACAAAGUUCUGGCUGAUGAAUUGGAUGCUUAUUAAGCCUCUGCUACACUUGAGAGGUAGAAACAUUAGAAUUAGAAAUUCAAGAUUAUUUUUGGCUACAUAGGGAGUUGAAGAUCAGCCUGAACUACAUGAGACAUGUCUCAAAAACUAAAACCAAAAGUCAAACUGAAAACUUCUUCUUUAAUACUAUUUUAUAGUAAUAGGAAAAUAUGAGCCCACAAUACCAUCCUUUGAGUCUAUCCUUACAACUGUAUUCUAGACAAUCAACCACAGAGUAUAUAGAACUUUCUGUGAUGGAAAUGUUCUAUAAUUUGAACUACUCAAUGAAGUAACCACAUGGCUAUUAGCAUUUGUCAUGUCUAAUGCAACUGAGGAAAAAUUUCAAUUGCUUUUAACUAAUUUAAACAAAAAUUCAAAUGUGCUUAUGUCUACUAUACAUGAAAGAAUGGAGUGUAUAAAGGCAAAUGCAAUCAAAUUUCCUUUAUGACACUAUCAUUACUAUGUUAACCAGCAGUUAUCUACCUUUAUAAAAAAUAUAUGCAAUAAUGUAAUACAUCAACACAUCAUUAUCAUGCUAUAAACUAAAAAUCAUUUUUUUUACAUUUUUUAUUUUGUGUAUUGGUGUUUUGCCUGCAUGUAUGUCUAUGCACCAUGUGUGAAUGAUGCUCUUGGAGACCAGAAGUGGGUGUCAGGUCCCCUAGAACAGGAGUCACAGUUGUUGAGUACCUUGCGGAUGCUAGAAAUUGAAUCUGGGUCCUCUGGAAGAGCAGUCAGUGCUCUUAACCACUGAGUUAUCUCUCUGGCCUCCUAUAAACUAAAAAGCUUUAAGUGAUUUCAGGCUAAAUUGGCUGAAGACAUGGGGUUUUCCUAACUGAAAGCUGGAAGGAUAAGAACAUAUUCUUUGUUUAUUUGUUUUGUUUUUUGAGAUAGGGUUUCUCUACCUAGCUGUGAAGCCUGACUGGGAACUUGUUCUGUAGACCAGGCUGGUAUUGAACUCACAGAAAUCCACUUUUUUCUGUCUCCCAAAGGCUGGGAUUAAAGAUGUGCACCACCAUCGCCUGGCCAAGAAUAAAUUCUUUUAAACAAGUAACUUAUGAAAUUUUAGAUUGGGGUCUGGAAAUAUGGCUUAGUUGUUAAGAGUGUACAUAACUCGGGCUGGAGAGAUGGCUCAGAGGUUAAGAGCAUUGGCUGCUCUUCCAAAGGUCCUGAGUUCAAUUCCCAGCUACCACAUGGUGGCUCACAACCAUCUGUACUGAGAUCUGGCGCCCUCCUUUGGCGUGCGGUCAUACAUUGAGGCAGAAUGUUGUAUACAUAAUAAAUAAAGAAAUCUUUAAAAAAAAAAAAAAAGAGUGUACAUAACUCCUGCAGAGGAUCAGAGUUUGGUUCCUAGCACCCAUGUCUGGUGGCUUACAACUGUCUGCAGCUCCAGAUCCAGGGGCAUCUGAAGCUUCUGGCUUCUGUAGGCAUCUGCACAUAGCCCCCAGCCACAGAAAUAAGCAUAAUUAAAAAAAAAAAACAAUAAAGCAGGGCAUGGUGAUGCAUGUCUUUAAUCCCAAAACUUGAAAGGCAGAGACUGGUAGCACUCUUUGAGUUUGAGGCCAACCAGGACUACAUAGUCAACUCUGUCUAAUAAAUAAGUAAACAAACCAAUAAAAAUAAAUCUUAAAAUAUGUUUUAGAGUGAUAAAAACCUUUAGCUCAAAAUUCUAUGUUAAAUAUCACUAUUCAGAAAUUACUAAUUUGGGGGCUGGAGAGAUGGCUCAACGGUUAAGAGCAUUGCCUGCUCUUCCAAAGGUCCUCAGUUCAAUUCCCAGCAACCACAUGGUGGCUCACAACCAUCUGUAAUGAGAUCUGGUGCCCUCUUCUGGCCUAUAGACAAAAUACUGAGAAUACUGUAUACAUAGUGAAUGGAUAAAUCUUUAAAAAAAAAUCAUGCAGGAAAUAAUUACAAUUUUGAACAGAAGCCAAGGUAUUAAUACAAAGAAAAUACUGUAUUAACUAGAGAAAGAUUCAACUAGUUAACAAUUCCAUAAGCUUUAGUUCCUAAAAGCAAUCUUUUGUCUCUUUCUCACAUGCUAGCCUGACGGGGCUUUUCAGCAUUUCCGAAGGAGGCAGCGCCUCAGCAGAUCUAGGAAUCAGUACAUAAAAUCAAGGUUGAUGGUUUUUUUUCCAGACAGGGUCUCACUCUGUAGCCCAGGUUGGUCUUAAACUUUUGGCAAUCUUCUUACCUCAACUUCCCCCACGAGGAGAACAGACUAUGAUCUAUAGCAUCUAGCUUUUGAGUUGUUUCACAAAGAAUUUUUAUUAAUUUUCCUGGGUCAUCAAAACAGAACUCAGAAAGAAUAGGAAGAAUCUUACUAAUAAUCCUAAGUGACCAAGGACAAAACACAGGAAUUUCUCUGGGGUUCAGUUUUUCCAUUCAUAAAAAGGACAUCACAUAUUGUUCCAACUUUAUAGGAUUGAGAUUAAAAAUUGCUAAUAGUGCUUUCCAGCUUGGGCCCAGCAGAAUGGCUCCCGCAAAGAAGGGUGGCGAGAAGAAGAAGGGCCGUUCUGCCAUCAACGAGGUGACCCGAGAAUACACGAUCAACAUUCACAAGCGCAUCCAUGGUGUGGGCUUUAAGAAGUGUGCUCCUAGGGUACUCAAAGAAAUCCGGAAAUUUGCCAUGAAGGAGAUGGGGACUCCAGAUGUGCGGAUUGAUACCAAGUUCAAUAAAGCCAUCUGGGCCAAAGGAAUAAGGAAUGUUCCAUAUCAUAUCCGGGUACGUUUGUCCAGAAAACGUAAGGAGGAUGAGGACUCACCAAACAAACUCUACACAUUGGUAACUUACGUGCCUGUUAUCACAUUCAAAAAUCUACAGACAGUCAAUGUGGAUGAGAACUAACCUACUCAAUCUCAAAUAAAGUUGGAGAACAGCCAAAAAAAACCAAACCAAAACAAACAAACAAAAAAAACAAAAAAAUUGCUAAUACUACCUUGAGAUAUAUUUUUAAGAACCUUAAAAGGACUUAAUGGCUCAUACCUGCAAUCUGCAAUCCUAGCACUGAAGAAGACACAGGCAGAUUACCAGAAAUUCAAGGUCAGUCAGGACUACUUGUGAGACUUGAUCUCAAAAAACAAAACCUUAUUUUAGCAACAGAAUCUCAAUGUAUUGACCGGGAUAGCCUCAAACAUUCCUAGCUCAAGGUAUCUUCCCGCUUAGUCUCCUGUGUGGAUGGUAUUAUAUUAUCAAACUCAGGUACUUUGGAAAAAUCUGAAAGCAUUACAUCACAUAACAGUUAAGAGUGCCCUGGGUUCAAAUAUGAGUUCCAUUUAUUAUCCUUAGUUUUCUUAAUCAUUUCCUGCAGAGGCUGUGUUGAGCACUGAAUGAACUAAUACACUUGAGCACUUUAGUUCAAUAACAGUGAUAACUAACACAAAAUCAAACAGGAAAGAAAUAAUUUAAAUGAAUUAGUAGAGAAUCAGGAAAAGGUAAGAGGCUAGGGAUUUUCUUUGGUGUAGAGUGCUUGCCUCCCACCCCAAAAAAGGAAAAAUAAUGCACAGUGUGUGAAAUGCUAUAAUAGUUGUUUAAGAAAAAAAAGGAUCAAAAAACAUUUAGGAGAACUUGGGAGUGGGGCUUUCAGUGGAUUCACAAGAACGAGGAAUCUCAGACUAAAGACAGAGAGAAUCUGAUGUAGUUAUAGUAUGCACUGAGAAGUCUACAAGUCAAAAUAGACAGCAAAUGCUGCUUAGUGGGACAGCUGAGCUGGGAAGACUGUAACUUACAUGGAUAAUUAGCCAAGUGGUAGUGGUAACUUUCCAGUGGUAGAAAAAAAAAUGUUUUUAAGAAGUAACUUUGGUAUCUGUUCCAGAUUCACCCUUUACAGUCAGAGUCUAGUCUAUCAGUGAGUUAGAAAUCUUUUAUUGCAUUUAUUUCUUUGUAUGUCUGUUCAUGAACUAUGUGCACAGAAGUCAGAAGACAACUUGGGGGACUCUAUUUUCUCCUUUUGUCAUGUGGGUGCUGGGGAAGGAAUUCAGGUCAUCAGGAUUGGCAGCAAGGGCUUAUACCAGCUGACCCAUCCUGCUGGUCCCAGUUUUUGGGGUUUUUUUUUUUUUUUUUUUUUUUUUUUUAAAGAUCAAAUGCAGAACCCAAUACAUGUUAGGUAAAACUUUUGUUUUCUUCUUUUUUUACAUGUUGGGCAUUGAGCCUAGGUUUCAUGUCUUCAAGACAGGUGUUCCAUUCUGCCAGCUUUUUUUUUCUUUUUUUCCUGAGACAUGGUUUCUUUGUGUAGCCCUGGCUGUUUUGGAACUUACUCUGUAGACCAGGCUGGCCUCAAACUCAGAGAAAUCAGCCUGCCUUUGUUCCUAAGUGCUGGGAUUAAAGGUGUACACCACCACUGCCUGGUUGCUCCAGUAUUUUCUUGUUUUGAAUGAUUGAUAGAUUGAUUUUGAGACAGGGUUUCCCUGUAAGCUCUGGCUGUCCUGGAACUCACUCUGUAGACUAGGUUGUCCUGGAACUCAGAGAGAUUCUGCCUGCCUCUACCUUCCAACUGCUGGGAUUAAACAUGUGUGCCACCAUUGCCCAGUUGCUCCAGGAUUUUCAAUACAUCAGUUUUCUUUCUUUGUUGUUGUUCAUAAUAAUGUAAGUUGGCCAGUUGAGAUAUCUUAGCAGGUCAAGGGCCUUCCUGCCUGACAACCUAAGCUGAUUCCCAGUGGCCCACAUGAUGGAAGAGAACCAAC